ACGAGUGGGCGUUUCGUUGCUGGGUUCGGCGCUCGCCGGGCGUUUCCCGCGGCUGUUAGACCAGCAGCCGUUCCUCCGGAGUAGUCUCUAGUAGGAUUGACAGUUACAGAGUGAAAAAACUUGGUCGUCUUGGCCUGGAAAAUAGUAACCCUGACGAAUACAUAGACGUGCUACAGGAAACGGAGGAUGUGAUGGAGUUGCUUGAAGAAGACCUCACGUGCCCGAUUUGUUGCAGUCUGUUUGAUGACCCUCGAGUUUUGCCCUGCUCGCACAACUUCUGCAAGAAAUGCUUAGAAGGACUCUUAGAGGGGAAUGUGCGGAAUUCACUCUGGAGACCAUCUCCAUUCAAGUGUCCCACCUGUCGUAAAGAAACAUCAGCUACUGGAGUCAAUAGCUUGCAGGUCAAUUAUUCCCUGAAGGGCAUUGUAGAAAAAUAUAACAAAAUCAAGAUCUCUCCCAAAAUGCCAGCCUGCAAAGGACAUGUAGGGCAGCCUCUCAACAUUUUCUGCCUGACUGAUAUGCAGCUCAUCUGUGGGGUCUGUGCUACUCGUGGCGCCCAUACUAAACACGUUUUCUGUUCUCUUGAAGAUGCCUAUGCUCAGGAAAGGAAUGCCUUUGAGUCUCUCUUCCAGAGUUUUGAGACCUGGCGUCGAGGAGAUGCUCUUUCUCGCUUGGAUACCUUAGAAACUAGCAAAAGGAAAUCCCUACAGUUACUGACCAAAGAUUCAGAUAAAGUGAAGGACUUUUUUGAAAAAUUACAACAUACAUUGGAGCAAAAGAAGAAUGAGAUCCUGUCCGACUUUGAGACCAUGAAACUUGCAGUUAUGCAAGCCUAUGAUCCAGAGAUCAACAAACUCAAUACUAUCUUGCAGGAGCAACGCAUGGCCUUUAACAUUGCUGAGGCUUUCAAAGAUGUGUCAGAGCCCAUCAUAUUUCUACAACAGAUGCAAGAAUUCAGGGAGAAAAUCAAAGUAAUCAAGGAAACCCCUUUACCUCCUUCUAAACUGCCCACAAACCCUCUAAUGAAGAACUUUGAUACCAGUCAGUGGGAAGAAAUAAAACUAGUAGAUGUGGAUAAGCUUUCUUUGCCUCAAGACACCGGCACACUUAUUAGCAAAAUUCCUUGGGAUUUUUAUCUGUUAUUUGUAAUACUCUUACUUUUGGGCCUUAUCCUUUCCUUUGGUCCUGGCUUAUCUCUGGAAUGGUCUCCAUUUGAUAAAUUUGUAGCUUGGAAAGAAAAUCUUUCAAACAUCAGUUCCCUCUAUCUGACGAAAUCAGCUGAUGUCUUAGAACAAUCAAUUUUUUACUGGGAACAGGUGGCAGAUGGAGUUUUCAUUUUCAGUGAACAAUUCAAGAAUUAUACUUUGAUAGUGCUGAACAAUGUGGCAGAAUUUGUGUGUAAAUAUAAACUAUUAUAAAAUCUGUUUCAGAUGUCUUUUGUUGUCUGAGUAUAGUAUUAGUUCAGUUUUGCUAACAAUUCCAAGUCAGACACCUCAAAAGUACACCUCCCAAAAUGCUUUAUAUAGUUAUGUUGUUCAUGUGAAAUGCUUAAAGGUAAAAGUGUAAUUUAAUGGUACAAUUCUGAACCUCCUGUUUUGAAAAGUGCUGAGAUAAGCACCCUCCCAUUAAUGUGUUGUUUAUAUUAAAAUGGAUGUGGAAGAGAACUCAUGAUCUAAUGUAUUAUUGAGGUCUUUGUUCAUCAAACAGACAAUAAAGACUACAAUUUGGAGAUAGGA